AUGGAUUCAAACAAGGUUUCGUCCACCACUGAAGAUAUCACUGACGCUUGCGGUGUCACAAAGAGCGCCAACUCAACGGACAACAGCAAGUCAGGCGACAAAGGAGGCCUGCUCGACAACAAAGACCUUUCGGCUCGUACCAAGCUCGGGCACUCGAUGGCGGAGCGCGUCGCUAAGGGGGCAAGUCUCGAGCAGGUCGCCUUCCAGAACAAUAUGACGGCAGAUCAGGCAGGACAGUUAAUUUCUGAGCUUGUGGUUCGCAUGUCUCGGUGCAGCAUCUCACGGGACUGA